AUGAUGGGUAUUAUAAAUGAUUUUGGAAAUUUGUUGAGAAAGCGAUACAUGAGGAUGAAGUUUGCACCAAAUGAGAAUGUGCUCAGGGUUGCUUUAUUGGUGUUCAGCAUUUGUUUCGGGAUCUUAAGUAUUUCUCUAACGGCCCUUGGUGUUGCGUACACCCAUGAAUUGAAAUGGCCCAAACCUUACAUUGGAUUGGACUUCAUGGAAUUACCAACAUGGGUCAUUAUACUGGGCGUAGUCAGUCUGGUUUUGUCAUUUGUAGGAUGUUUCUGUGCUAAGUGUUACAAUCGGACAAUCUAUUUUUUGUUCGGUGUGUUCCUAUGCUUGGUCCUGUGCCUCGAAAUGACUAUAGCGAUUGUUGCCUUUCAAAACAAAAGCGAAUCGAAGAGGUUGAAGACUCAGACGCUAAUGGAAGCACAUAAAAUAAACGGAACUGUUCUUUUCAAGGCAAUUGAGGAACACGUGAGUUUCUAA